AUGGGUGAACGCUCUGGUGUCUCCCUGGCCACCCUGGAGAUAAGAGGGGAGUCGUUAACCCGCAUGGUGCAGCUUUUGAGGAGCAGAGGCCCUGGGGGGUGUCUUCCUUUGGGCUGGGGAGGAGAUUAUGUCUACUUCGAAAAUUCUUCAAGUAACCCAUAUUUGAUACGAAGAAUAGAAGAGCUCAAUAAGACUGCCAAUGGAAAUGUGGAAGCAAAGGUCGUAUGUUUCUACCGAAGAAGAGACAUAUCAAGUACACUUAUUGUAUUGGCAGACAAACAUGCAAGAGAAAUGGAAGAAGAGAUGGAAAAUCCCGAAAUGGUUGAUUUACCCGAGAAACAGAAGCAUCAGCUACGACAUCGUGAGUUGUUUCUCUCACGACAGCUGGAAUCUCUGCCAGCCACACACAUUAGAGGCAAAUGCAGCGUUACUCUGUUAAAUGAGACAGAAUCCCUUAAAUCAUAUCUGGAACGGGAGGAUUUCUUCUUUUAUUCACUAGUAUAUGAUCCUCAACAAAAGACCCUUCUUGCAGAUAAAGGAGAGAUUCGAGUCGGAAACAGAUACCAGGCAGAUAUAACAGACUUACUAAAAGAAGGUGAGGAUGAUGGAAGAGAUCAGUCAAAACUUGAAACAAAAGUUUGGGAAGCUUUUAACCCGCUAGUAGACAAGCAGAUAGACCAGUUCCUGGUGGUAGCACGGUCUGUUGGUACGUUUGCCCGAGCACUAGAUUGCAGUAGUUCUGUCAGACAGCCCAGUUUGCACAUGAGUGCUGCAGCAGCCUCUAGGGACAUCACGCUGUUCCAUGCUAUGGACACUUUGCACAAAAAUGUCUAUGACAUUUCCAAGGCAAUCUCUGCGCUUGUGCCACAAGGUGGGCCAGUCCUAUGCAGAGAUGAGAUGGAGGAGUGGUCUGCUUCAGAGGCAAACCUCUUUGAGGAAGCACUAGAAAAAUAUGGAAAAGAUUUCACUGACAUUCAGCAAGAUUUUCUCCCAUGGAAGUCCUUAACAAGCAUAAUAGAAUAUUACUAUAUGUGGAAAACUACAGACAGAUACGUUCAGCAGAAACGAUUGAAAGCAGCAGAAGCAGAAAGCAAGCUAAAACAAGUGUAUAUACCCAACUAG